AUGGCUGACGUAGCAGCUAAGCCGGCUUCUGCCGGCGCUAAGAAGAACGAAUUAGCUCAAGCUGGCCGAAGAAAGCUCGAAGAGUUCCGCAAGAAAAAAGCUGCAGCGGCAGCAGCAGGGGGUUCUUCGACUUCCCGAACCGCGACCUCCGCUGCGGCUAAACCAGCAGCCAAGCCCAUUCCUGCAGGGAAUCCCCCUCCGUCUCAGCAGCCGGUGCCAUCUCGCACCACAGCCGCUGCUCCUCCCGCUAUAGGCCCACCCGCGUUUCAAUCUCAACCAAAUUCCUUCGCUCCGCCUGCUUUAACAAGACCAUUAGCUCAGACUGGCUUAGCCCAAGCUCCGGCAGCCCUACCCACGUUUAGAUCCGCCAACUUCGGAUCUCCUCUCACUCCCUUCUGGCAGCAAUCUCAGCCGUCGAUUUCAGCCGCUAACGGCCUCCCUCACCCUCCGGGGCCCCCAGGUUCUGACGCAGCCAAUGCCGCCGCUCCACCUGUAGCGUCGUCCGGGUUUCCCUCUGCGUCGACCGCCACGAGGCCGGCCGCCGGGAUGCAGCCGCUCCCAUUUGCGGCGAAAGGGCCUCUGGUAACUUUCGCGAAACCUAGCGGGGCUACAGGUCCCGGUUCCGGUGGAGCACCCCCCGCUUCCGCGCUUUUUUCCGGACCGAGGGGUCCCGCGCAACCUUCUCUCGCGCGGACGUUUUCCCCCCCGCGCGAGCCUUCUUUUCCCGCGCAACCCGCCUCCCGAUCCGGUCUUGCGCCAGCCUCCCGCGUUGCGCCUCCGCUCGCGCGCACCUUUUCCCCGCCCGCAGAAUCGUCUCAAGCGCAAAAGUCCGCCGGUGCGCCUCCGCCUGCCUUCCUUGGCGCACCAAGCCACGCGCUUUCCGCAACCGCAGGUGCUCCGCCUAACCCCGCCAGGCCUUCCCUCCUCCGCCCCGCGGCGGAUGCGCAGCCCUCCCGCGCAUCCCCUCCGCCACCCGCCUUCUCUGCGCCCCCGCCAGUGACGGUCGGGGGAGGCGCGGACGGCGCAAGGCCCCGUCCAGAUUGGAUGGGGGGAGGCUCGAGUCAAGGCAGGGGGAUGGGGCCGCUUUGGGGGUUACAGGCCGCACCUGCCGCCGCAAUAAGCGCUGGUAGCAGCACGGACAAGAGGGGUGAAGGGGCGGACAGAGAGGCAGAGUUACAGAGCAGCGGCGAACGGAAGGAUAAGGAGGAGACUGAGGGGAUUACGCGUGUAAGCACGGCGCGGGAGGAAGCAGCGGGGCCGGGAUCAGCGGACUCGCUACAAGAGCAGGACCUGCUCGCCUAUGAGGUGCUGUCACCUGCCGAUAGCGAAUCCAGGCUGCAACAGGGACGUACGGCAGAAGAUUCAAGGGGAGCGGAGAACGAGGCGCACAGUAGGGCUGCAGAGGAUUCGCCUCCGGAAGCGAGUAUAGGGAAAUCGUCUGGGAGCAUUGGCACUACAGGUGGUGCUGUUAACGCUGUUGAAUCAUCUGACCUAUCCACUCCAGCAGCCAGCUCCGUUUCUACCUCCCAUGACUCCCUUCAAGGCUCAUCUGCCUCUGCUCCUCCUCUCACUGCCCCUCCUUCGGCCUCCUCCCUUCCUCCUCCCCCUUCGGCCUCUUCCCUUCCUCCCCCCCCUGUGCUACCGAGCUUCUUCACCCCUUCAGCACCUUCCGCAGCAGCCCCCAGGCCUGUGGCGAAGCCUGCUCGCGCGUCCUUCCUCCCCUCCGCCUACACCUCCGCGCUCCCCUCCUCCUCCGCUGCCUCCCCUUCCCCCUCUGUCUUCGUCCCCUCCCGCGCGCCCCAGCUCUCCGCGCAAGCUCCCACGAUAGCGGAUAUUAACUCCCCCAUUGCCUCCCUGGUUACUUCAGUCGCAGCCCCCACCAGCCAGCCCCCUGCUGCCCCGCGUCAGGAGGAUACUGGCAACUCAAACGCCGGCGCGAGUCCUGACUCUUCGUCUACUGGUGCUGCCGCAGAUGAUUCCGAGUCGCUGCAUUUUGCAGCGUCUAGAGGCACGGAUACGGCUCAAGCGAGCGCUCCUCCUGAUACCCCUCCAUUAGCUUCUGAGUCUUCUUCUGAGUCUGCUUCUAUGCACGGGCUGAAGGAAGAUACCCACGAACCUUCACGGGGCAGCGGUGACGCCUUGGCGGCUAGUGAGCCUGUUUCUCCUAGGACGCUGCCUCAGGAGGGGUCAUCCGUUUCUGAGAAGCUGAGAUCGCCUGAGAGACCCAAAUCUUCUGCCUUUGCCCGUCUGUUCUCCGCUGCUCUUUCUCCGGCCCGGGGGAUGAUGAGGGGCGACGGCGGCAGGGGCAGAGGGAGUGGGAAUGACGCUAGGGUUUCGGAGGGAGAGGAGCAGGGGGGGCAGGGAGGGUCUCUGGAGGGGGUGAGAGAGGAGGAGGUGGAUCAUCAAGGAGCGGCAUUAGGGAGUGUGGGCGCAGGAGGGGACGGAGGAGCAGCAGGAGCAGUGGUAGCAGCAGACAGUGUAGGGGUUUCUAGCCAGGAGGCAGCGAGAGACGUGCUGGGUAGGGUUGAGACGCAGACGCAAGGGCAGGUUCGCACUGAGAAUGAAGUGAGCCAGCGUGAGCGGGAGAAAGAGGGGCGUGAGCAUGCGAAGGGCGGUGAUUCACGGGGGCAUGAAGCAGGGGAGGAGGCGCAGGAGAGAGCGGGAGCAGCGGAAAGCUGGCGAGAUGGCGAGAAAGGGGAGGAGGGAGAGGUGGGCGCGGGUGCGGAUGGUGAGGAGAGUGACGAGGUUGUUGGGAAGAAGAGCGAGGUCCAGAAAGGAUCGGAUGGGGGCCGCGACGGUUCGUCCCGCCGCCGGCCCAAGUCUAUCUCCUCUUGGUGGAAUAUCAUCGCCCCUGCUCCCAAAUCAGAGGAGAGAACAGGAACGGCGAAGGGGGCGGAGGCUGGGAGUAGAGAGGUGCAGAAGGAGGGAGAGGAGGGAGAGGAGGAUGACGACUGGGGCGUGGGACUUUUGGGUGGCAAGGGGAACUUGGGAGGGCAGGGUCUAGGGGGAGGAAAAAGCCUGUCAGCCUCAGAUCUGAUUAACGUGGGGCAGGCUGUGAAGGGGGCGGGUGAUGGGACGAUGGGAGGUGAUAUGAAGAUGGGGGUUGAUGAGUUGCCUGCUGGGCGGUGGCAGUCGUGGGGUGAUAGAGGGCAGGCCCAAGGCGUGCAUGGUGGGCAGGCGAAAGGUCUGCAGGGGAGGGAGUGGGAGGAGCGGGAGGAGAAGCAGGUGAAGGAUGCGGGUGUGAAGGGGGAGGCGGUAUUUGGGGCAAAGGGGGAGGUGGUAUCUGGGGCGGGUGCAGCGAGAGCAGAGGAGAAAGAGGAGGGGCGCAAGCAGGAAUCAAAAGGAGGGUUUUCAAGACCAUCAUGGUUGAGAGGGCUGAGGAAGCUUGCCUCUGCUGCCACCACUCCCUCUGCCUCCCCUCAAAAAGUCUUCCCUUCUCCUGACCUUGAUCCCUCCUCAACUUUCUCCUCGUCCUCCUCAUCCUCCUCUUCCUCCUCCUCUUCAUCCUCUUCCUUCUCUUCCUCCAGCUCCAGCACCGUUACCAGUGUUACCACCUCCUCAUCUCCCUCCCUCUUCGACUCGCCUCUCAAGCCAGCUGCGCAGAAAGAGCUUUCUUUCCCUCGCCUCACUCCAUCCUCUCACCACCCCAGCCUUAAUGACUCCCCUACCAAACCCACCCCUCUCACCUCUCUCCCUCCCAAGCAGUCCUCUGACGAAUCUUACCAACCCUCCUCCUCCCUCGCCUCUGCGUCCUCGCUCCCUGUAUCCUCCUCUGCUCUCUCCCUUGACUCCCCUCGCAAAGAAUCGUCCUUGAACAAUCUUAACGACUCGCCUCGCGCCUCCACUGUCCUCCCCUCCUCUAUCCGCCCCUCCUCUCCUUUUCUCUCAUCCACCACUGCCACUCCCUCCUCCUCUCUCUUUGAUUCUCCGACAAAGCCUCUGCCAUCGUCGCUCUUUCCCUCCUCUGCAGCCACACUCUCCUCUCUUUCCUCUCUACCCUACAGCUCCUCCACCCUCUCCUCCUCUCACUCCUCCUACUCCUACCCCUCCUCUCUCUCUUCACUCUCCUCCUUCCCUACACUCUCUUCCUCUAAAGACGUCCUUAGCGGGGCGCUAGGAGGAGGAUUAUCUACGAAGGACCCUCUCUCAGGAGCCUUGGGCAGUUCUAAAGACGUAUUAGCUGGCGCUUUGGGCGGCAGCAGAGGCACUUCAGCUGCAACUGCCUUCUCCUCCUCUUCUAUUUUGGGAAAGUAUUCCUUUUCGGGCGCGGCAGGGGGAUCAGGGCUGGGGUCUUCAGCUGAUAUGGACGCGAAGCUUGGGGCAGCACUGGGACUGCGAGCAACUAGUGCCACAGCCUUGAGUAGUAUCAACAGCACCCUAUCCUCUUCCUCCUCUUCCGCCUUCUCCUCCUCUUCCUACUCCUCCUUCUCUACCUUCUCCUCCCCGUCCACAUCCUUGUCUUUCUCCUCGCAAGCUUCUGCCAAGCCAUCCAUAGCAGCAGCGUACCGCCCCUCCUUCCUCCCACCUCCAUCCUCUGCCACAGGCAGCCAGUCAUCCUCGUUAUCAGCCGGCUCGAUAACAGCAGCAUCACAGCCAUUCUCGUCCUCUCUUGCAGCGCCGGGUACCUCAGCUACAGCCCAGCAGAUGGCGAAACUACGCAGCGAAUUAGGGUUUCUGCCUCCUGCCCCUGCCCUCCCAUCCUCCUCCCUGCAAUCCCGCCUGGGCCAACCCUCCCAAGACUCCGUACCUCCCCCAUCCAGACCACCAAUGGCAGACUCACCUUUCUCCGGACCUGUCGGUUCGUUGUUUUCCAAACCUGCUGCCUCGGCCGAGCCUGGAAAGCCGAAGCUGUCGGACGAGCAGGGCAGAGGCAUGGGAUAUGGAAGCCAAAUGGAGAGACAGGAAGGGAGGGAGGAAGGGGCGCGUGGUGGUGAAAGAGAGGGGCGUAACGAGGAGAUGGAGGAAAGUUUUGGGAAGGGGGAGGAGGGUGGAAGGGGUGGUGACGAGAGAACGAGGGAGACGGAAAUGAUGAGGGAGAGGAUGGAGGGAGGGCAGCAGUCUUCCAAGGGUGCUGCAUCCAGCGACUUUGCGUCUCUUGAACAGUACAUAGAGGAGCUCACAGAGGAGAAGUUCACGCUGCAGCGGCAACUGGAUGCGGCUCGCAUGGUGGCUGAGUCGCUGGCCAAGGAGAACUCUGCUCUUACAGACGAUUUCAACCGACAGGCGAAGGGCUUGGAGCAGAUGAGGGAGGAGAUUUCGAAACUCAAGGCUGAGGUGAAAGCGCAGAAGGUGGUGAUGGAGUCACAGGCAGUGAGCAAGGAAGCAGCCCACCACGAGUCUCUGGCAGCCAUCGAGCGAUCGCAGGCGCUGGCAGCAGAGGUGGUGGCUCUGGAGGAGCGGGUGCUGCGGCUGAGGUCGAAUGAGCUGAAACUGGAGAGACAGGCGGAGGGGUUUCAGGCAGAGGCGGAGGCACAGCGGCGUGCUGCAUCGACCUUUGAGGCAGAGAGGAAGGAGCUCCGCGCCGCUGUGGAUAAGCUCCAUGAAGAGAAGCGCCAGCUCAAGGUGCAGUUGAGGAGGGCGACAGUGGGCGGCGCACUUGGCGACAUGUGGCGGGGAGACAGCACGUCCACGUCAGCAGCAGCGCCAGCUGUACCGUCCGUGAGCCAAUCAACAUCAACGGAUGAGCUGGAGGCGGCCUUCCCGAGCCAAGCAGGGCCGUCUGCCGAGGCAGGAGUGUCAGGCUCGGCAUCUUUUGCUGCCGAGUCAGCCGCAGCUGGCUCGAGCACCGAACCAGCCUCUGGAAGCUCAGCAGGGGUAACAAGGGAAGAUGGAGGCUCGGCCGGACCUUCAGUGGAGGGUGGGGAGGCAGGAGAACAAGCGAGGAGGAGAGAUGAAGAGGGAGAGACACUAGGUGAAGCUGGAAGGAGAGCAGUGGCAGAGGUUCGGGCACUGUUCACGCGAAUGGAAAGUGACGGGCGGCAUAACUUGGAGGAAGUGGGUGAGCAGCUGGUGAAGAUGAUUACUGCUGCUGUAGGGGCGGCAGAGGAAGGUGCUGCUGCUGCUGCUACUGCUGGUGGUGGUGGGAGGAGAGGGAGAGGAGGCAGGGAUAGGAAGGCAGGAGAAGGGGACAAUCAAGAGGAGAAGGAAGGGGAGGAGGAGGGAGUGGUGGAUGAGUUUUUGUUGCUGCCCGCUCUGCUGCCCGGAUCGGUGGAUGUUUUGUCGGAGGAAGAGCAGAGGAGUCUGGAGAGCAUUAACAGCCUGCUGGCAGAGAUGCAAGCAGAGAGGGAGCGCAUGGCACGCACACUCAAGGAGGAGGCUGCCACGUCAGCAGAGCUGAGGGCAGCAAACGAGGAGCUAUCCCACAAGCUCGCCAGUCAGACGCAGCACAUGGAGCUGCUGGUGGCCCAAACCGUCAUGGCUGCUGCUUCCUCUGCCUCCCGAUCCGCCUCGGGCGUUUUCAACGCCCGUGUGCCACGUGUCUCCUCCUCCUCCUCUGCUGCUGCUGCUGCUGCUGUCGCUUCUGCUGCCAUUGCACCCACCCCCGCUGCUAGCGCUUCCUCUCUACCCACUGAUCCUGGAAAUUCCUCUUCUGCUGCUGCUGCUGGUGAUGGUGCCGCCAGUGCUGCUUCUGCUGCUGAAGAGGCGGCUGGCACUGGCACUGAUGCAGUCACGGGUGCCAACCCUCCUCUUCUGCCUCCUACCGGCGUCCCUCCCGCCUUCCUCUCUCCAACUGCCAAGUCACUCUCAGCACCUCUGUUAAGCCAGGCAAACGGACAAGUGUCUCCCGCCGCUGCUGCUGCUGCAGCCACUGCGCUGCUGGCAGGGGCGGGAAGGUUAAGUGAAGGCGGAGGCGGAGGCGGAGGCCCAGGAGGAGUGGGGUCGCCUCGAGCGGGAGGGGGAGUGGGAUCACCACGCACGCCCGGCGCAUCGGGUUACACGGAGUUCAAUGAUUACCUGGAUGAAGGGGACGAGGUCGCUGAGGAGGUGCUUUCUUGGCUGCUGAGGCUGUUCCCUAGCGGCAGACGCAAUGGGCAGCCUGUGCAAUGA